AUGAAAACAAUGAGAAACAAAUAUGGUUUUACCCCUAAGGAAUUAUUUCAUCGGUCACACAAAGAGUUGCACAAAGAAUCUGUAUCUGAACUGAAAGCUUUAGCAAAUACUUUAAUACUGGUGGCAACUCUUAUCAUCACGGUUGGAAUUUCCGUUGCUAUAACCAUUCCUAUUAAGGAUAUUGACAGUACCGAUACUCCAAUUUUUCGGAAGAAGACAUGGUAUACGAUCUUCUUUGUGUCAAUUGGGGUUGAAACAUGUUUCUGUGCCUCAUCUAUACUGUUCUAUGCUUCAGCUAUUUUUCCUUCAAAUAUGGUUCCAAAAGAUGAGUCUGUCCGCUUAAAGGAAAACAAGGUGCGAUUUGGUAGUGUGUCACUUUUGGUCUCUGCUGGAUUCAUGUUGUUUGCUUCUAUUUCCGGGGCCACUUUAAUCUUUACCUUCAUGUCAAAUUGGGGCCCUUACUUCACUUUUGGACUUGGUUUUAUGGCAUUCAUGGUGCAUUUUGCACUUGACCAUAGGCUGUGGAAUCACUUUAUAUCGCGUAUAAUGCUAACGUUCUCCAACGUCGCUCGAGCGAAGUUGCCAAGAUUUAUGGCCAAUCCGCAAGAUAUAUGA